GAGCAUUUGAACCUUCUGCAGCCUUUUUUAAAACACACCACUGCUUCUGUUUAACCAUCGACCCACUUGCUGCACUGAUUAAGUCGAGCAGGAGGCUUUGUGGCGUAAUGAGAACCAGCACAAUGGUGAUCGUGGUUCACUCAGCCUCUCUGGUGCUGCUGAUAGCUUUUUCCUUUGGCGUGGCGGAUGCCAUCAGAACUUUGAAAGAUGGACCUAUGAUAGACGCUGAGGGAAGAGAAUAUAAAUCUGCCAAUUUCCCAACUGAUGCAGGAUACCCCAGGUCGCCACAACGCAACGAUGGACCCACUGUCCGUGUGCAAUGCACAGCUGCCUCCAUGAUCAUUGUGGUGAAGGCUGAUAUCUACAAAAAUGGAUUCCUUGUGUCUGCAGAAGAGCUUUCUUUAGGAGAGUCGGAGCAUUCACAGAGUACUCAGUGCCGAGCUGUUGCUGCUGGUGACUCUGAAUAUAUCAUUGAAGCAGAACUGCAAGACUGUGGCUCCAAAUUAACCGUCUCUAAUGACUCUGUGAUUUACUCCAACGAGCUGAUAAUCUCAGCAGCUGCCGGUUCCCAUGGCAUUACCAGAAGGGCGCGUGCCGUCGUUCCCGUGUCUUGUCACUAUAAGAGGACACACCUUGCGAGCAGCACUGAUCAUCAGCAGCAGCAGCUGCCCCCCUCCCUUCUUGAAAAGCUUUCCCCUGCUGCGUUCUCUCUCAAGCUGAUGACCGGCGACUGGACGGGUGAGGUGCUCCCCGAGGCUUUGUACAUCGGAGAUCUCCUGCACCUGGAGGCGUCUUACACUGGUCCUGACUCCGGACAGAGACGGCUCUUCAUCGACAGCUGCGUCGCCACUUUGUCACGUGACGCCACGUCGGAUCCCAGCUACUACAUCGUUGAAAACCAUGGGUGCCUCGUUGAUGCAACAGAGGAAGAAUCAAACGCACGAUUCUUACCCAGAAGGAGGGCUUCUUCACUGCAACUGCAGCUCAAUACUUUCCUUUUCCACGAUGAUUCAAGAAACUCAAUAUUCAUCACUUGCCAGUUGAAGGUAACUUCUGUAAUGCAGAUGAGCAGCUCCAUCAACAAGGCCUGCAACUUUGUACAUCCAAGAUGGAUAAAUAUUGACGGCAGUGACGUGUGUCAUUGUUGUGGCAGUAUCUGUUCCCAGAGCUCUCUGGAUUAUUCCACGAAUCACAGAGAUGUCAUGGCUUCUGGAACUGUCACAAUUGGCCCUUUGAUGAUUUUCCCCAGGAAAUGACUAAACCGUUUCAGGGAAAGAAAUGUCCACAAUGUUUUAAUUGUCAUUUUUUUCUUUCAUUAAAAUUGAACUUCAAUCUUCA